GCCCAGAAAGACCAAAAGUUGAUGGCGGAUUUGAAAGAGAUUCCAAAGAAAAUAUUUUUAAACAAAUGAAUAAAGUUUCUUUAUUCAUGACAGAAUUACUGAAAAAAGAAAAUGAUGUACUUGCAGCUUUACAAUCUUUAAUUUACGAGAGUCCACCUGAAGAAAAUGGUAUUGACUACUUUAUCAACAUUAUUAAAAUUUCACCAAGCACUAAUAUUACAUCUCCUACUACCAAUUCAAUUAAAAUUGAUAGUAAUGAGGCUGGAGAUAAUAUUGAUACUUUAUCUAAACUACUAGAAACUGAUGAUGAUACUA